AUGUCUCUCUCUAAGGACGGAAUCUACGAAAAAGGCGUCAUCGACCCCGGCUUCCCAGCCAAGACACCAACCCAGCCCUUCUGGUUCACGCACAACUCCAAGAUCAGCAAGCUACAGUCCACUUGGCAUGAUUCCGCCGACAUUGUCAUCAUCGGCUCGGGCCUGACGGCGGCCAGUCUCUGCUACGAGUUGCUGGUCAAGCGCGGGACGAACCUCAAGAUCGUUGUAGUCGAGGCUCGCGAUCUAUGCUCGGGAGCCACUGGGCGAAAUGCGGGGCACAUCAAGCCCUUUAGCCCCGGGGUGUGGUACGACCGGAAGAAGGUUUUUGGACCUGAGGAAGCUGUCAAGAUCAUGGAGUACGAGCACGGCCACCUAGAUGAGCUGGCCAAGUGUGCCAAGGAGAACAAGAUCGAAUGCGAUCUGGACAUCCUGGAAGGGCUGGAUGUCUACUUUGACGAGAAGGCCUUGCGCGAUGCCCAAAAAGCCGUUGAGGACAUGCGGAGGUACAGCCCUGCCCUCGCAGAUCGCUAUACCUUUUACGACUCUCCCGACAGCCUCCGCGCCCGAAACUGUCCUCGCGAUUGCAUCGGAGCCGUCGGCAUGCGUGCUGGCUCAAUGUGGCCGUACAAAUUCGUCAGUGGGCUGUUUGAGAAGUUCGUCGAGGAAAAGGGCCUCUUGAUACAGACAAACACCGUCGUCACCUCAAUCACCGAUCGCGAUAACGAGGAAUUCGCUACUGUCACCACCACACGGGGAGACAUCAAGGCCGCACACGUCAUCCACGCCAACAACGCCUGGAUCGGCCACCUGGUCCCGGAGCUGCGUCCUUUCGUAUCUCCUGUACGUGCAAAUGCGCAGCGUUGGAUGCCCAAGGAGCCCGCCGAGCGUCGCAAGAAUUCGUGGUGGAUUAGGUAUGGCGAGAAGGACUACGAUGCAAUCAUCCACAGAAAAGACGGCUCAUACAUCCUGGGACGCGCAAACACCGGUCGAAGAGCCACUGCAGAUGAUACAGCGGUCGAUCUGCUCCCCCAGAAGCAUCUUGGAGCCGUAACCCCUGUCGUCUUCGACUUUGGCGCCAACAUGGACAAGACACAUGGCUGGAGUGGCAUUGUCGCGUUUACGCACGAUGGCAAUCCCUUUGUAGGCCGCUUGCCCUUCCACAAUCGCACUCAUCAAUGGGUGUGCGCGUCGUACCACGCCACAGGCAUGAUCAGGGCGUUCAAGUCGGCCCAGCUGCUGGCGCACCUGUUUUUUGGAGAGGACGUGCCUGAGGCGUACCCUCGCUCCAUGCUCUUGACGGAUGCCAGGGUCGCUUCGUGGCGUGGCGAGAUUACUAGCAAGCUGUGA